AUGGUGACUAACGAAUCACAGGAGAACGAGAUGAGGAAGCCGACUCAGAGAACUUGGGAGAAAGUUCUCAAACAACCUCUAAGGGCGCAACGAACGAACGCACGAAGAAGAGAAAGAGAAACUCUGAGCAACCCACUGGUCUUGAUAUCGAAAGAAAAAGGGCAUGAACCGGAGAUGCCACAAGUCCAACCUGUAUCGGAGUCACCACCGCGUGAACCUGGUUUCAUUUAUGAGGAAACUGAUGACAAGAGGAGACUGCCAAUCAAACUAGACAAGGGGGAAAGGUCUAAACCUCCAUUUAUGAAGUUCUCACCGUAUUUGAAGCAACUGACAUUCGGACCGGUUCUACCCCCUCCUGGUUUCGAAGGGCUCUACCAACCUCCACCUCCACCAGAGCCUCUUCCGAAGUUUCCACCAAGUCUACCGACUCUUGCACCACUGUCGCAAGAAGUUCCUGCUCCUCCACCGCCUCCUCAGCAGAUGCCGGUUAACCCGUUCAUCAGUCCUCCCGUGGACUUUACUAGGUUUUUUAAUGAAACCAACUCAUCAUCCAGCUCAAACGGGUCAAUGUUCUAG